AUGGUAGCUAAAGCUUAUAAAAAUUUAUAUCCAUAUGGACAAGACAUAUUAGAAGUUUUUCAUGCAGUAAAAAUUAAUAAUUCAGAAAUUAAGAAUUAUAUUCAUCGAAUUGAUAAAAUUAAUUCAGGUCUUAUUUUAAUUAUUUGUAUAUUGAAAGAACAAGCUGAAUUAUUAUUAAAUUUGAAAUGCUUUCAAAUUGAUUUGUCAUUUAAGCAAAUAAAAGGAGAUUUAAACGAAUUUGAAAUUAAUAUAUACAAUAAUGAAAAUAAAUUAUUUUUAAGCUAUUGUCGCAUUUAUACUAAUGUUUCUUCAGCUGCUGAUUAUAAAAAACUAUUUAGUAUUUUAUUUGAAGUAAUUGAAGAGCUUACAAAUAAUUCUAUAAAUAUAUAUCAUAUUCAUAAUAAAGGUUGGGAAU